GAAAAACAGAGGUUUCUGACGGAUGUUCUGCAUGAAGUGAUGCUGCUUGACGGUCUGGCCAGUUCUCAUCCGGUAUCACAGGAAGUGCUGCAGGCAACAGAUAUUGACAGGGUGUUUGACUGGAUCGCAUAUAAAAAGGGCGCUGCUUUAAUUAGAAUGCUGGCUAAUUUUAUGGGCCAUUCAGUUUUUCAGAGUGGUUUGCAAGAUUAUUUAACUAUUCACAAGUAUGGCAAUGCAGCCAGAAAUGAUCUCUGGAAUACAUUAUCAGAGGCUUUAAAAAGGAAUGGAAAGUAUGUAAAUAUACAAGAAGUAAUGGAUCAGUGGACACUCCAGAUGGGUUAUCCUGUUAUCACCAUCUUGGGAAACACAACCACAGAAAAUAGAAUAAUAAUUACCCAACAACAUUUUAUUUAUGACAUCAGUGCUAAAACUAAAGCACUUGAACUUCAAAAUAACAGUUACCUGUGGCAGAUUCCAUUAACUAUUGUGGUAGGAAAUAGAAGCCAUGUGUCUUCAGAAGCAAUUAUUUGGGUGUCUAACAAAUCAGAGCACCACAGAAUAACUUAUUUCAACAAAGGAAGCUGGCUGCUGGGGAACAUCAAUCAAACUGGUUAUUUUAGAGUCAACUAUGACCUAAGGAACUGGCGAUUGUUAAUUGAUCAAUUAAUCAGGAACCAUGAGGUUCUAUCUGUCAGUAAUCGAGCGGGUUUGAUCGACGAUGCCUUCAGCCUGGCCAGGGCUGGCUAUUUGCCUCAGAAUAUUCCCCUGGAGAUUAUGAGAUACCUGUCUGAGGAGAAGGAUUUUCUUCCUUGGCACGCUGCCAGCCGAGCUCUUUAUCCUCUAGACAAAUUACUGGACCGCAUGGAGAACUACAAUGUCUUCAAUGAAUAUAUUUUAAAGCAAGUUGCAACAACGUACAUCAAGCUUGGAUGGCCAAAAAACAAUUUUAAUGGAUCUCUUGUUCAAGCAUCCUACCAGCAUGAAGAACUACGUAGAGAAGUUAUAAUGCUGGCUUGUAGUUUUGGCAACAAACACUGUCACCAACAGGCAUCAACGCUUAUUUCAGAUUGGAUUUCCAGCAACAGAAACAGAAUACCACUAAAUGUUAGAGACAUCGUCUACUGUACAGGAGUGUCACUACUGGAUGAGGAUGUCUGGGAAUUUAUAUGGAUGAAAUUCCACUCUACCACAGCAAUUUCUGAGAAGAAAAUAUUAUUGGAGGCCUUAACUUGCAGUGAUGACAGAAAUUUAUUAAAUAGGCUUCUAAAUCUGUCACUGAAUUCUGAGGUGGUUCUGGAUCAAGAUGCAAUUGAUGUCAUAAUCCAUGUAGCUCGAAAUCCACAUGGCCGAGACCUUGCCUGGAAGUUUUUCAGAGAUAAAUGGAAGAUAUUAAAUACCAGGUAUGGAGAAGCAUUAUUUAUGAAUUCCAAACUUAUCAGUGGAGUCACAGAAUUUCUUAAUACUGAAGGUGAACUCAAAGAGCUAAAGAACUUCAUGAAGAGCUACGAUGGCGUAGCUGCUGCUUCUUUCACACGAGCUGUGGAAACUGUUGAAGCUAAUGUGCGCUGGAAAAUGCUUUAUCAAGAUGAGCUUUUCCAAUGGUUAGGAAAGGCUCUGAGACAUUAAUACAUGUCUCUUAUAAACAAUUCAACUCAGAAUUUUGAGAGAAGACCUGCUUUAUGUGGAAUGAGGAAAAUGUUUUACAUGGAAAAUGGCCAGCUUUUCAGUGUUAACAUGUGGGAGGAAUUAUUUUUUUUAAUUUUUUGGUUUUGAGGGAUAUUUUUUAUUUGUUUCAUUCAUUCUGUUUUGUUUCUCUACUGGGUGUUCUUCUCUAAAGAAAAUCUUGCAAAUGAAAGUAGCCAUGAUUGCUUCAGCUGUACAUUCAUUGCUGUACAGGACCAAAUAUGAUAGUGAUGCAUGUCGAUGUUGCAGUCAGUUUGGAAAAACAUAUUCAGAAUAUUCUGUGCAUGGAUGUAUGGUCCUGCCUGUAUUCCAGCAUGCUUGUUUAAAAUGUCCAAUGUUGUAUGUGAAUAUAUGUUACAUCCAGGAUGGGCAUUACGCAAAAGCACAAAAAUUAUAUAUGACAAUCAGUGUUACAAUGGAAGAAAAACUAAAAAAAGGGAAUUGUUCUCAGUCAAGGGCAAUGUGAGAGGUAAAGUAGCCCAAUAAGUGAUUAACAACACUUAUUUCAGCACUCGGAUUGUCUGGCAAUGAUUAAUGUGGUUGCUAACUCAUUUUCUUUGAGUUGAAGUUGUGUAUACAUUUUAAAAGGCAUAUCGAUAGUGUAUGCAUAUGUAUAUGUACAUAGGGAAGCCCCGUAUGUAUAUAGUAUGUUGUACACUGCACAUGUGCAAAGAAUCUCUUCAGAUCAAAGAAAAUUUAUUUCUUUUUAUAAACUUAUAAAGACUUGGAAAAAGCUUAGAAGAAUUUAUCUCAACAUUUUCCUUCCUAUUGCCUAAGUUUUUCAAGUGUUAUGGAUUUUCCAUCUACUUCUUGAACAAUGGUCUAUUCUACCACAUGAAGAUGAAUUCAAACAAAACUUAUAUAUAAAUUAACCACUCUUCUAAUUCUCCUAAGUAGCAUCCUUGCAUAUAGAUUCUGUCAUCAUUUUUGGUGAAACCUCCUAUUGCAUGAAACAAUAGUGUAAACUUAUAAUUAUCAGUGCUGAGGAAGUGUCUAUUUUCCCUCUUGUUUUCCCACUUUAUUUGGGGUAGUCAAGAGAGUUAAAAAUUCUCUAUGUGUUGGUCUUUCUGUCUGUGUUGCUCUAAUCCUCUAUUAAGCAGCCAUACCUCAACUGGGUCUAUCAGCAUUUAAUGACCUUUGAUGCCAGUUGUACCAUCCCUUAAAAUGAAAAGUUACUUUUCUUGUGCUAAUGUACAAAGCUUUUCUUUUGGCACUGACAACUCUGUUCUACCUGGGAAUUUUGAAUAACCAUUUUCAUGGCUGUGUGUUAUGUAACACAAAUGUAUUUAAAUGGUAUUCUCACCCAGUAGGCCAGCUCUUCAAACAUCGCUUAGAUGCUUCAAAAUUAACAUAUUUUAAGUUUAUGAUUAUAAAUUACCAAUACAACUACUAUACAUAACCAAAUAUUUGUGGAACACUUCCUAUCUUCCUGAGGCUUUCCAUUCCUCCAAAUCUUGCAAAUCAUUGAAACAAGUAUAUUCUAACACUAAUAGUCACGGAAUACUGAAAAAUAAAUUAAAGGUUUUAGAAACUGGAGCCAUAGAAUUAUUUUAAAUUUGUAGAAAAGAAGAGCAAUUUCCUAAUCCAUAGAAUAAGUACCACCAAAAAUUGAAUUUUAUUAUUUAAGCAAUUAAUACCUAUUACUCCUACCUGAUUUUUCAGCACUGCAUUCAGUUCAAAUACAUUCAUUUUAAGUAUUCCAUGUGGUGUAAAGAAGACAUGGUAAUGCUUAGUUUAAGAUCUAAAAGUUAUCCCACCAAUCAGAAAUGAUAAAAUCCAACUACACACAUCACAUUUAUGAAAUUCUUAAUUAAAGGGAAAAGUUCUGAAACAUAACAAUAAUAAAUAUCACACUCCUGUGCAAGUAUAAAACAUGCAUCAUUUUACCACUGAAGUCAUGUAACAGAAAAGAU